UGUAGUCAGUUAAUGUUGUCAGAUCUCUGGUGGCUUUGGCACCGCUGAAACAAUAGGAAUUAACAAGUGAUACAAGUUCAACAUGAGUUUCUCCAAGAGAUGGUUAUCUCCUCGCUGCUCUAAACUUUACAUUGUGGAAGGGGACUCCCAGUGUCCAGAGACCAGCAGUCACAAAGACAGCCCAUUCAGACAGACACCUUACCUGCGCGGCUCAGAGCGCUACACUGACAGCAGCACCGGCAGCGCACCCACCGGAUCCAGGGACCCUUCAUGCGUGUCUGCCUCCAGUUCAGCCAGCUUGGCCUGGGCACUGCGAACACGCCACCAACCUGCUAGUCUGGCCCUCCGCAAGCAAGAGGAAGAGGAGAACAAGAGAUGCAAGGCCCUUUCAGACAGCUACGAGCUCUCCACGGAUCUGCAGGAUAAGAAGGUGGAGAUGCUGGAGAGAAAGUAUGGCGGCUCCUUUGUAAGUCGCAGAGCAGCGAGGACCAUUCAGACGGCCUUCAGACAGUAUCGCAUGAACAAGAACUUUGAGCGGCUCAGAAGCUCCGCGUCAGAGAGCCGCAUGACACGCCGCAUCAUCCUUUCCAACAUGAGACUGCAGUAUUCAUUUGAUGAUCGAAAUCCUCAGCAGCAGGCCCAGACGCAGACCAACUUCACCCACAAUGUGGCCAUAGGGCCUCCUCAUUCCCCCGACCCGGACCGACCGGGAGACUACACCCACUUAGAGGACUCCUUCUCCAAACAGGUCAAGUCCUUAGCUGACUCCAUAGACGAUGCCCUCACCUGCCGCGCGGGUCGCGAUGACUCCCAGGAGGGCAGCAGGGAGGGUGGAGGCCUUAGUGAAGACUUUGGGGAGUGCGUGUGGAGCAGCAGCAGCAACCCCUCCUCCCAAAGAGGUUUAGGAGAGCGAGCCAGGGGAGCUGGAGGAGGACUCAGUAUGCACGGCGACAGCACCGCCACCUCCUACAGCGACGUCACCCUUUACAUGGACGAUGGCAUGCCGUCGUCCCCGCUGUCCCUGGACCGGGCGCCCAGCAGCACUGACACAGAGUACUGGGGCCCCGGUGGUGGUGUCGGAGGGCGUGAGGACAGCAGGGACACCGAGGGAGGGGGCAGCAGUAACAGUCGUCGCAGCACCCCGUGUACUGAGUGCAGGGACUAUCGUCUGAGGGGCGCACAUCUGCCCCUCCUCACUAUUGAGCCGCCUAGUGACAGCUCUGUGGACAUGAGUGACCGCUCAGAUCGUGGCUCUCUGAACAGACAGCUGGUCUACGAGCAGGAGACCGGGGUCGGGGCUUGCUCCCCUCAGGGAACCCUCAAACACUCCCCCAACACCGGCACCCGCCCUUCCUCCCAAGCGGCUGCCCAGGGUCAGACCCGGCCCCCGCAGACCCAUACCCACACACAUCCCUCACCAAGUGGCGGCACACCACCACCAUCACCACCACCCUAUCCACCACCACCAGUACCCCGACACGCCGUCGUCGUCGUCCCUCCCCCAGCAGCCCCCCACCACCCCUCUGUCCUCCUCCUCCUCCACGGCUCUGCCCCCGGUGUUCUGGAGCAGCCGUGCUGCUCGGACGGAGACAACGACUCGCUCAAUUCCACCACCAACUCCAACGAGACGGUCAACUGCAGCUCCGGCUCCUCUUCUCAGGACAGCCUGCGGGAGCCUCUGCCACCUCUGGGAAAGCAGACCUACCAGAGAGAAAGCCGCCACAGCUGGGACUCCCCGCCCUUCAACAGCGACGUGGUGCAGAGACGCCAGUACCGCAUAGGUCUCAACCUCUUCAACAAGAAGCCAGAGAAAGGGAUCCAGUACCUGAUAGAGAGAGGUUUCGUAUCCGACACUCCGGUUGGGAUUGCUCGCUUCAUCCUGGAGAGGAAGGGCCUCAGCAGGCAGAUGAUUGGAGAGUUCCUGGGAUGCCGACAGAAACAAUUCAACAAAGAUGUUUUAGACUGUGUGGUCGACGAGAUGGACUUCUCAGGAAUGGACCUGGAUGAUGCUCUCAGGAAAUUCCAGGCUCAGAUCAAAGUUCAAGGAGAAGCCCAGAAAGUGGAGCGGCUCAUAGAAGCUUUUAGCCAGAGAUACUGUGUCUGUAAUCCAACGCUGGUUCGGCAAUUCCAGAACCCAGACACCAUCUUCAUCUUAGCCUUCGCCAUCAUCCUCCUCAACACAGAUAUGUACAGUCCCAACGUCAAAGCUGAGAGGAAGAUGAAGCUAGAGGAUUUCAUCAAGAAUUUGAGAGGCGUAGACAAUGGCCAGGAUAUACCCAGGGACCUGCUGGUUGGGAUCUAUCAGCGGAUACAGAAGUGGGAGCUGCGGACCAACGAUGACCACGUGUCCCAAGUGCAAGCAGUGGAGAGAGUCAUUGUGGGCAAGAAGCCUGUGCUGUCCCUUCCACAUCGCAGACUGGUGUGUUGCUGCCAACUCUACGAGGUCCCUGACCCCAACAGACCGCAGAGGACCGGGGUGCACCAACGGGAGGUUUUCCUCUUUAACGACCUUCUUGUGGUGACCAAAAUAUUCCAGAAGAAGAAAACCUCAGUGACUUAUAGUUUCAGACAAUCUUUCCCUUUGGUUGAGAUGCAAGUGCACAUGUUCCAGAACUCAUACUACCCACAUGGUAUCCGCCUGACCUCAGCAGCCCUGGGUGGAGAGAGGAAGGUUCUUAUCAUCUUUAUGGCACCCAGUCAGCAAGAUCGCACCCGCUUUGUUAGCGACCUCAGGGAGAGUAUUGCUGAAGUGCAAGAGAUGGAGAAAUACAGAGUGGAAUCGGAGCUGGAGAAACAGAAAGGUGUGAUGCGGCCCAGCUUGCUCACUGGAGGUGUUGUUGGAGGCGUAGGUGUGAAGGGCGAUGUGGUGAAUGGCACUCUGGGAAGGACAAGUUUUGAUGACAACUGCUCAGUGGGUGAGGGUCUCAAACGCACGGCUCUCAGCUCGUCUCUCAGGGACCUGUCUGAUGCAGGGAAACGUGGUCGCAGGAACAGUGUUGGUUCUCUGGACAGUACCAUGGAAGGCUCCAUCAUUAGCAGCCCACAGCCUCACCAGCGCUACACGGUGGCAGGCGUGGUGCCCGGCUGCUACGCAACAGAAGACUUCCGGCCUCACCGCCCCAUCCUGAGCCCCGGAUCGGGGGUGGGGGGUGGGCCGGGGCAGCAACAUACCACUGCUGGGACAGGAGUUGGGGGAGUCUCCAGCAGUGUAGAGAGAGCAGGAGCAGGGAGCGGCCCUGGGGGGAGCAGCAGCAGCAACAACAACAGCGGCUCCUUCCUGGGGUCUCUUUUCGGCAGCAAACGUGCCAAACCACCAGGGCCCCUUAUUCCACCGGGGCCACCAUACCCCGCACCUGUACCCCCACCGACUACGGGAGGACCCCCUCCUCACUCCCCUUCAUCGCUUUGCCAGCUGGACGGGGGUCCUUCCAAGAUCCAGGCGCUGCACGCACAGUACUGUCAUGUGAGCGCCGUGCAGCCCCCGCCACCUUACUACCAUCACCAUCGCUACCAUGUCCAAACUGUCCCUCCACCUUUGCAAGGGGUGCCCCCUCAUUCUUUACAGAGAGGCCCUCUACCCUGUCGUCAACCGCUUGGCCCCCGCACGUCCAGCACCCGCAGCUGGCCCAUCUCUCCCAGCUCUCCCAGCAUGGGCUUCCGGUUCGCUACGCCAACAUGGUGGUGGGAUGUCCCCCCCCUUUCUCCUCUCUCCCAACAUUCCCAGAACCCGCAGUUCGCCCUGUACCACGCGCAGCCUACACACUCUAUCAGAGGGGGCGCCGUCCCUGGCACCAAACUUCCUUUAACCCUGUCCCACUCCCACCCGCACCCACACGCACACUCCCAAACCCACCCCGGACACGUGCACACACCACACCCAGCCAACCACACCACCCAUCAAACACACUUCAUAUUCGGCACUCUGCCCCACAACCUGCCGUCCGCCUCCGUCAAUGCGCAUCACGCAUCAGCCGGCGCCCGUAUCUGCCCCAGUACCCUCCUCUCUCUUCCAUCCCGCCUCCCCCACCACAUUCCCCUUUACCCCCCCUUCGUCCCCCCUUACCCCCUCUUACACCUCUCUCCCCUCUCCCCCCAGCACCCCGGGCAGCCUCAGCAGGGGCCGCAGGUGACGGGGGCUGGAGCGACAGGUACAGGGGGCAGCUCCAAGUCCAAGCCUAUCAACCGGAUAAGUACCGUGGUGUGA